AAAUUACCUGCAGACUCACCGAUCACUCACCUGUUUCUGGUGCGCGUCCUCGGUGACUCUUCUGUACUAGACGACAAUAUUUUACUUUGCCGUAGAUUUUUUUUCUCAGUAGUUUUAAACUGUAGCACAUUGAAGUAAUCUCUGAAAGAUUUUAUUUGUAUUGGUUUGUGGCAGAUGGCAGGCCGAUGCUGCAGCUGAUCUGUGACCCACCUUCAUCACCCUGAGCAUCCAGUCUGGAAAACAACACUGUGGAUGCCUUAAAUCAUGAGUGUCCAGGGUCCUCAUUCGAGGAAAGCCAAUGGCGUGGCUCGAACGGACAGCAAGCUCAGCGCCAAGGCCCUCUACGAACAGAGGAAAAAAUACUCCAAUUCCAAUUUUAUUAUGCAUGAGACGUCACAGUAUCAUGUUGAGCAUCUGUCCACGUUCAUUAUGGACAAGACAGAGUCCAUAGUCACUGUGGAUGAUGCCAUCAAGAAACUGGUUCUGCUAGAUUCAAAAGACAAGAUCUGGACCCAGGAGAUGCUCCUGCAGGUCACAGAUAAGGCAGUCAGGCUGCUGGACUGUGACACACAGGAAGAGUUGGAGAAUUUCCCUCUCCCGACCAUCCACAUGUGUCAAACGGUGCUGAAUCAGACGCGUUACCCAUCUGUGCUGCUGCUUGUAUGUCAGGACAGAGAGCAGCACAAGCCGGAUAUCCACUUUUUCCACUGUGAUGAGGUGGAGGCUGAGAUGGUUUACGCUGAUAUUGACAGUGCCCUCGGAGACAACAAACAUGGAAGGAAAAAGAGGCUCCAGACCCUUAAGGUGAAUCAGGAGAAAAUGAAACGUCACAGAGAAACAAUCCUGCCCCCUUCGGCCCCAAGGGACCCCAGCAUCGGUGCAAAGGGACGAGUGGCUGCCACAAAUAUGCAGGAGAGAAGUCUGUCAGGACAAAAUGACACAGAGUCCUCUGAAAAGUUAGCACAACGCAUCGAGAAGGACGUGCAAAUCCUCAACUGCGCCCUGGAUGAUAUCGAGAUCUUUGUGGCGCAGCUGCAAAAAGCGGCAGAGGCCUUUUCUCAGCUUAACCAGCGCAACAAGAGUAAGAAGAAUAAGAAGAAAGGACCAGCAGAGGGCAUGCUGACCCUACGAGCCAAGCCCCCCUCUGAAGCAGAGUUCUUUGACAGCCUGCAGAAACUGAAGCUGGCCUUCAAUCUCUUGGCUAAACUGAAGAAACACAUACAGAAUCCAAGUGCAUCUGAGCUGAUUCAUUUCCUCUUUGGCCCUUUGGAGCUGGUGCUGCAGAGCUGUGGGAGUCCUGAAUUGGCACGCUCAGUCAUCUCCCCUCACUUGUCCAAAGAUGCUGUGGACUUCCUCUGUGGACACCUUACGCCAAAAGAGAUGACCAUCUUUGAGCUCCUGGGGGACGGAUGGACCAAACCCAGAGCAGAGUGGCCCAGGGAUCAAUGCGGUCCCCCUUAUUACCCCAAAUUUCGUAAUGGGUGGGAGCCACCAGCAGAACUCUUCAGGAUGUCCCCGUGGGAGACAGAGGGACCCUCUGGACCACUGGGGUCCCCCACUAGUCCUGAUUACAGGAAACACUCAACUGAUGAGUAUUUUGGAAACCAUUCCUCAAACUCGCCAAAUGGAUCUUACAACGAGAUGCCUCCCACGCGCAAAUUUGCCAAAAUCCGCUACCACUUUGUAGCAAGGAAUGCCAACGAGCUGUCAGUGUUGCAGGAUGAAGUACUUGAGGUGAUAGAAGAUGACAAACAGUGGUGGAAACUACGGAAUCGCAGUGGCCAGGCAGGUUAUGUUCCAUAUAACAUCCUGGAUGUUGUGAAGUUAGAAGAUCCAGAAGCCUCCUACAACCAGCAGAGUUACAUGGUGACAUCACCUGGAUCCCUAAGCCCUGGUGACAGCUUCAAUAAGGGGAGACACAAAGACAAGAUGAUGGAUGAGGUCAACAGCGAGCUGUUGAUGAGAAUUACUGCAAACAAAAGUCAUCCUCCCGCCAGGAACUUCCGAGUGGAGCGAACAUCCAGCAGCCGAGUUCCGCUCACGUACGAGUCAAACCCAGAGCAAGUCAUUGCCUGGCUGAAUGCUAAAGGCUUCUCAAAACCGACAGUAGAAUGUCUGGGGAUCCUGACUGGAGCUCAGCUGUUCUCCCUCAACAAAGAAGAACUGAAGGCUGUUUGUGGGGACGAAGGUGCCCGCGUCUACUGUCAGGUCACCGUACAGAAAGGACAGCUCGAGAAGACCUGUGGAGACUCAGAGCUCCAGGAGAUCAUGAAGCGGAGACAAGAGAGGAUCGAUUCUGGCAGCGCAGACUGAACCUGCCGACUACAGUGACCCAGCUACCAUGAUCCAGUUCCUGACAUUUUCCUUCCCGACUGCAGUAACUAAAAUCAUUUACUGUUAAUUAUGUUAUACAGUAGACCAUAUUGAAAUGUUGUAUAAAAUUUUAAUUGUGUAUUUAUUUUGUAUGAAACGUGUACGCCUUCAUGUUGUUGCCUGUCGUAAUUAUUCCUUGUUGUCACAGUUUUGUGUACUUACAUUUUAAUGAGAAUUGUACUAUAUGAAAAGACUAACAUAUGAAUUCAUGUACAGUUUGUUAUGUGUGCGUGGGCCCAGUUAUGCAUAAUAUGCAUGUAAUGUACAUUAGUACGAGCAGUGAGCUUGAUGUUAAUGCUUAAUGUCAAAACUGUAGCUGUUUACAUGACUAAAUCUUCACUGCAUUAUUCAAAUCUGUGCCAGAAUGUGACACCUCCUCUUUUAUAGUCACUUGUUUUCAGAUUAUCAUUUAGAGGUGCUUUGAUAAUAAGACAUUCUUUAUUUGCAUACUGCUCUUCACUAACAUCACGACUCACCCAGUCCUAUUGGAGUGCUUCAGUUCAGCAGGUGUUAAAUACAGCUGUUCAUAAUCACUUGCUCAUGUCAGAUAUUCUGAUAAGCUCACACCACACAGAAAUGUUUUGUCGUUCUGCAUGAAGUCGCAAUAUGAAUCAAAGUCGGAUAUGAUCAUUAAUUUGCUUUUUUGCAGCAUGGCAUUCUAUAAUGUGAGCUGCACAAACAUACAAGAAUAAUGUGGAACGGAUACAGAAUGCUACAUAUGCUGAUAUUAAAGCAUAGUACGAGUUUGUAGAUAUGAAGGGAUGCACUGUUUAAAAAGUAAAUUAAUAAAACUAAUAUGGCAAAUAUUUGCUAUUUUUCUGUAAUUGUUAUGUUUAUGUCACUGCAUUAUAAUGGGGCACAAUUUGUAAAGUAAAUUAUGCUCAAAUUAAUGGUUCAGUUUUUCAUCUUGAGCAAUAAUGAUCACAA